GGCCCCAAACGCUGGUGAUAGCUGGGGACCAAGCGACCUGAAGCAUCAUAGGAGCCCUAAGGGGGGAACCAGCCAGGAGCCUGAGCCCAGAACUCCCCCCGGAGGAGUUCUUAAGCCUAGCAGGCCCUGCCAUGGGACCCUCUUCAGGCUCCUGGAGCUCCUGCUUCCACGCCUGGAAGCGCUGGGCCUUCCUCCAGCUGCUGCUGACAACCUGUGCAGGGUCCCUCUGGGUGCAGGAUUCCAGAGUGCUAGAGGGACAACCCUGUGAACCCCACUCCCAGCCCUGGCAAGCAGGCUUGUUCCAGGGCGUGCGGCUCCUCUGUGGGGGGGUCCUGGUGGCCCCUCAGUGGGUACUCACAGCAGCCCACUGUCAGAAACCGAAUUACUCAGUCCGUCUGGGAGAAAAUAGCCUGGAGAAACGAGAAGACUCUGAGCAAGAGAUUGAAGUAGCUCAAUCAAUCCCUCAUCCCUGUUACAACUCAUCCAAUAACAAGCACGAUCUGAUGCUGCUUAGACUUCGCAAACCAGCUGAGGUGAACAGGAAUGUGCAACCCAUUGGACUUGCCUCCAGAUGCCCUCAGCCUAAUCAGGAAUGUACGGUGUCAGGCUGGGGUACCACCACCAGCCCCCGAGAGAAUUUUCCAGACACCCUGCACUGUGCACAACUGUACAUCUGGUCCCAGGAUCGCUGUGAAAAGGCAUACCCAGACAAAAUUUCAGAUGGCAUGGUGUGUGCAGGGAACAACAAUGGUGCGGACACCUGUCAGGGUGACUCAGGGGGCCCUCUGGUGUGCGGGGGAGCUCUCCAGGGUAUCACAUCUUGGGGAGCAGACCCUUGUGGGGCAGUGGAUAAACCAGGCGUCUACACCAGUGUCUGCCGCUAUACUGCCUGGAUUAAGAAGAUUAUGGACGCUAACUGAGCCCUCUGCCCAGGGCGGGCUGGCAGGGGAAUGGAAUGGACAGGGAUGGGGAAAGGGGGGUCCUUCUCAAUAAAUACAUAGCCCGGGCCCCGCUCCCCCUAGACCUGACCGCACUUUGCUGCUAAGCUCUUGGCCCAUGGAGGCAGAAGCCAGGGCUCUCCGUGGUGGCAGUAUGUGGCUCUCAUCUGGGUCCGCCUUUCUCUUUCUCCUUGAGUCCUUCCUUGAGAUUGGGUUCGGGGAGACGUUGAGUGUUGCUCAAUGGUUAGCUCCAUCUGGGUCCAUCUGUUUUCCUGUCCCUCUUCUUCUCCCUCUCUGUUCCUUUCUGUGUCUGUCUGUUUCUGUCCUUUCCUCGUUCCCCCCUUCGGUCUUUGUCUCUUCUCCAGCGCCUCUGCUGUUUCUGUUUUCCGGGCUCUUCCUCAGGUUCAGAAUCUCUGGCGGCCUCUGGCUCGGUUCUCUCCCCUUCUGGCUCGGUGACCCCUUGCCAUCAUUCCCACCGGAGCCCCCACUGUCUCCGGCCGCGUUCUCUGGGUUCUCCCCUUUGCCUGACUCGGGCAGCCUCCCCUUUCUCCUCGGUGGCCCUUGGCUCUCCUCCCGGCGACACCUCUUUCCCAAUCCGUCCCGGGGCCAGGGCGCGGGGAGCACGUCCUCUCGGGCGGGGCCCCUGAGCAGGGAGGAGCCCCAGGAGCAGAGACGCCAGAUGCCUCCCGAGAUGCUCUCAGAGUCUCCAUAAAGGGCGCAGUGCUCCUGGGCGUCCGACCUUCGAAAAAGCCAAGCCACGACCCGUCCUUCCUCCCUCCCCGGCCUCCUGGGUCUCGGGUCCGCCUGUGCUCCUGGCUCAGCUCCAGCCGGCACCUGCACCUUGCCCUGCUAUUCCGCGGUGCCCCCAACCCUGCAUUCUCAUCCCGCCCCCAGCGGUGCCCUGCCCAUCCCUGCCCCCUCGCUCCUUGUCUUCUUGUGCUCCUACUCACCCUAAAUUGUACCGCCUUCCCAGGCCUCCCGUGGCUCCUUAUUUCCACCCUCCGCUCCUUUUGCCCCUUGCCCCCAAUCCAUUAAGUCCUACCCUCCGUGCCCACAUCCUCCAGUCCAGGCGGGACCUUGCCCAGCCCCGCCCACACCCGGGUCUGGUGGUCUUACCCCGCUCCCAACCAUUUCCUUACCCCACUUCUCCCCAGUGCUCUUCCAUGAAUAUUUCUCUCCAGGCUUUCAGACUAGAGACCACCCUAGUCGUCGGUCUCUUCUUCCAAAGUCCCCUCCUUCUGGACCGCCCUAGUCCUCAUCGACUCCAGUUUCCUCCCCUCCCCCCCAGAAUUAUAGCUCUGCCCACUGAACCUAACGCAGAUGGAGAGCUUCUGCCCCCACCCUCAGGCCUGGUCCUGCCCCUUAGGAUUUACCUGCCAUUAAAGAUCCUGGACCCACAAGAAACUUGGGCUGGAUCUCCCGAGGUCUAGGGCCUGAGGGUCCAUUGCCUAGAUCCCCAGUGGGAGCUGAGGUUCUUAAAGGAGACAGUGUCUGGGGCCUCCAGGGAAAGGGGCAGGAGGGAUCCUUUACAUAGUGUUAACCCCGUGAUCACUACAACAGACCUAAGAAGUAGGUUGUAUAGGGGUUAUUACCCCCAUUUUAAAGCUGAGGAAACUGAGUCACUUUGAAAUUUAGCUCUUAAGACAGGAAGCCAGGUGCCUUUGGAAUCCUAGCUCUUCACUAUGUCUCUCGGACCCCUUUUCCUUUUUCUCCAAAGGCCAAAAGUUUCAGAGUGCCUUCUACACUACAGAUACUUAAAAUUGGGGGGGGGGAGGGCUAGGUGGCUUAGUGGAUAGAGAGCCAGGCCUAGAGAUGAGAGAUCCUGGGUUCAGAUCUGGUCUCAGACACUUCCUAACUGUGUGACCCUGGGCAGGACUCUUAACUCCCAUUGCCUGGCUUUUACUGCUCUUCUGCUUUGGAACCAAUACACAGUAUUGAUUCUAAGAUAGAAGAUAAGAGUUUUUAAAAAAUAAUAUGGUCAGAACAGUGGGUACAAGACGUCCCUUCUGAACUCUGUGGCAUGCUCUGCCAUCAUCAGAAGUUGAUGAUAGCUGUGACAAAGGAGGAUAUCCACUCAGGAUGUCAGGUUUGUCUCUGGGCCCCACUACAGACAUUGUAAAGGUCCCUGAGAGCUAUCCAAAUCCCUGGAUCCUCUGAGAUCACAAGGUCAUUCUCUGACCAAGGUUGGGGAAGGAGAGAGAGCCUUUCCUCUGACUCUUCUCAGAAGGGAUCUCCUCUCAGUGUCUUGGUUGGAUCUGCUCUCUCCAACACUAGGUUUUGAUCUGGACUUCUCUUUAUAGAAGACUCAAAAAAUAAAAUAUGUCAGGGUGACUAUGACUUGAGUGCUUCUAGCUAAUUGAUUCAAUAGAGAUGAUCUCACCUGAUAAAAGUAUCAGGGCUAGAGCAUUUUGGUUGCUACUCUAAGCGUGGGUGGGGCGAUUGACUCAAUACAUCCCCACACAUACACACACAUAUAUUUUUUUCACACCACAAUAAUUUCCCAGUGAGAGGCUGCAUGUUGUGGUGGAUAGAGGGUGGGUCUCGGAAUCAGGAAUUUAAGUCCGGAUUUUGACACUUACUGUUUCUGUGUGAUCAUGGGAAAUGAUUUAACUCCUCAGAGGGCCAAACAACUCCCUCAAGUUCAAAGUUACAGACUGAUAUUCAUUUGCACUGGAGAUUUAAAAGCAAAACAAAAUAAACAAUGAAGCCACA